GAAAGCUUAUUGGCAGGUAGAUAUGCUCUCUAUUCAAAUACAUUCAUAUCCUCAAGCCGUUUGACUUCACAUCUGUUGAGGCCAAAGGAUUCUACAAUCUUGCAUCAGUAGAUUCUGUGCUUCUCAGAUGGUCCAUAACCUCGUCUCGACGUCACAGCCAGGAAGAUGCCCAUUUCCUACCGCUGCGAGGAAACGGCAAUUUCCUCAGCCUUCUCUUUUCUCUUUCCUUCCUCACCACUCUCUCCAUCCAACUUCCAUCAAAAUACCCCUUCUAUUGCACUGGUUAUUCCCCAGCAAUCUAUUCUCUGCUUGUUCUACAAUAAGCCAGAUCUACGCGCCUAUUUAUUUAUCCUUAGCCCAUAUACUACCUAGAUCAUAGCCUCAAGGUGUAGUACAACAGUCGUCAUGGCUGCGCCGUUCUUCGCCCCCCAUCCCUCAACUCCCCAGCCUCAGUGGUUUCAUCCAUCCUCAUCUUCUCCUGGACAUCAGCCACAGUCACCUUGGAUUACCAGAGGAAACGCCCAGUUAAGGCUCCCCACGAAUGCCUGUGUGCAUGUGGGAAAUCUCUCCAGCGGCGUCUGUCCGAAUAUCCUCCAGCACGAACUGGAGCAGCUCUUCUCCCAGUUUGGAGCGUGCUGGGCGCAGGUUCGCCAAGGAAGAACAGGUCUUUAUAGCGGUUGGGUGCAGUUUACAGAUAGGUCCCACGCUCGAGCAGCUAUCCGGCAGCACCAGAAUAUCUUCCUCAGAGAGCGUCCUCUGAGAGUAGAGGCUGCAAACGGCCUCAGAAACCGUGUAGAGUCGGUGGUGAAUCACGAUGAAAGGGCUGGGCUAAACACCUCGCCACUAUAUAUGCCCUCCAUGGCCAUACCGCCCAGCCUGCCUGCCGCGUAUGGGCCUCCUUUAUUGUAUAGCUGGUCGCCGGCUGUACCAGUACACGGUAGUCUUCACGUACCUCCUCCUGUCUCUGGUGCUUUACCUCCCGCACCAUCGUACCCUACUCAUCACACAUUACCAUCGCAAGCCCCCAACGCACAUACACCACAAUCACCUUCCUCCUCUUCUUCUUCGUCAAGCAACAAUCUUGACACACAGCCCACGACACCCGGCUGUGAUGAAGUAGUAGAAUGCGAGGCCAAUCAAGAACGGGAAGGCAUCGAGACCAGCCGGUCCAAUCUUCCCUGUGACAUGCUACUAUCCACCGGCCGCACAGUUAGGGACUACGUUAACGAAAUGAAGAGGAUACGAGGUAUCGAUCUCAAUGAAGAGGCCACCCUUGAACUCAUCCUGGAGGUGGAGGAAGAGGCACGGGAUCAAGGUCUGUUGCCUGUGUUGACGUGCAAGCCAGACUGAGCGAU